AUGCCACGCCCCUUCAAACUAGACCACAAAGGCGAUGGGGUGCGACCCACCUGUACACCCUGCGAAGGGCGAGAGUGUCAAUGGCCCUUAGACGAGCGAGAGACUCAAUGGCGUACAGAAGCUUGCGAGUUGCCUCCAGCCGCUCGAGCCACACCCUCACCCCAGUUCCAAACCAAUCUUUCCAGAAAUGUUGCGGCAGGAAAUCACCAACGCAAUCUCAAUUUCGUAUCUACGGAUAACCCUGAGAUUGCUCUCCAGGACUUUGAGGUCUUCCGUCUAUUUAGAUACUAUAAAGACCAUCUAGCUUCCUGGUACGACCUCAAUGACAACCAGCGACAUUUCACGGACAUGGUGCCUGUGAAAGCGCGAUCUAGUCCACUUCUCUUGAGCGCAAUCCUUGCCUUUUCUGCAAUCAGUUUACACAACUCUAGCUCCGAAUCGCUGGUUGAUAAGGCCGAGUUUUAUCAUCUUGAAAGCGUGCAAAUAAUAUUGCAAAUAACUCGCAAUAUUGAAGAUGUCGCUUCCAAUGACGAGCUACUGGCGGCAAUCUGCCUCUUGCGUUCUUUUGAGAUUAUUUCCCAUUCGCUGUCAAGUCUAGCCCGAGCUGCAUUCUGGAAUUUUCUCAGAGAAGACAUUACCGUUGCGCUAAUUGAGCGCCGAAAGUUAAUGAUCGAGCUAUCCGAGGAACAUGUUCCCAAAGACCCGAGUACUGAUGACGAAUACGCGAAUGCUGUUACCAUCCUCCUUGGGCAAGUCAUCAACCAGUGCUUCGGCGAGGAGGCAAGUCCUCCAGAGCGGCUUUCGCGCCUCGAAAAUCAUCUGGAAACUUGGAAAGAUAACCUUCCUCAUUCAUUCACGCCUAUUAUAAAUUGCACCUUAAUUAAGAAAGGUGAGAAAGCUUUCCCGUUUAUGGGCACUCUGCAUGGCUGGCACGGUACGUGGUUCAUCAUCGAUGGAUCUAAACUCUGCUACUAG